CUGAAUCGUUCAUUCCUUACUCAAAAGCGCGCCUUAUCCAACAUUCGCAGCAAACGCAGGUCUUCUCCUCGCUCCUAAUCUAAAGGGUGAACACUUCUCCAGCCAUGAAUCUCAAAUCCCCUAAUAUUUUUGUUUUGACUGGGAACAUUGGUCACUCUUUAAACUUGCUUCAAUUCUGUUUCGCUAAUGUGUUCUUCCUCACAAUAAACACUAUCUAUAUGCUCCUUAUGAUAAAAUUGUUGAAUAUUUUAAGCUUUGGUAAAAUCUAUAUGGGUUAAUCCAAAAUUUCGUUGGAGGCCAGGAUUGACUAUGGCCUCCUUUACAUUCUCUUCUGGUUCUGAUCUUCACGAACUGAGGCCACAACAUGCUUUUGGUGACAUCAAUCACUCUCUUAACCGAUAUUCAUUUUUCGGCUGUUCCUCUGGUUAUUCUCUACAUUUAUCGGAGUUAUCCUCCCACCUUUCUUCCCACUCGAAUGCUAGUUGCAGAAAUUUUAGUAAUAGCAAGAUGAUUAAGUGGCAUACAGUAAUAGGGAAAAUUGGGUUUCAUGCAUGCUCGAAACAAAGGGGACUACAGAAAAUUCAUGUAUAUAGAAGUCCAUGCUCUCGACCUCAUGACUUUGUAGAAAUGAUGGGUUCAUUGAAAAAAAUCAGUCUUUACAAUCAAGUAAGGCUCUCAGAUUCUGGUGGAUAUGAAUUUUCUUGUUCAGUCAUUCAUUUGAUUGAUAACCAUGAAGUGUCUGAAUUAGAUAACGUGAAAACUGCAGUAGAAGCUGAAUGUAGUAAGACUUUGGCUUUAGAGAAUGCAACUCAUACUGAAUAUCCAGGAAUAGUAAGGAAUAGUGGGAGGAAACUUUGGAAGCGUUUGAGAGGCUUUAAGAGACCAAUUGAGAGUGAGGUUUCAGCAAGAAGACUGGCAAAAACUGAACAAUGUCCUUCCCUUGAUAGAAAAGAUGGGGACUCGCUUUCUUCUACCGAAAGUGAAUUAGAAGCAAAGCUCUCCACGCUGGAGCCCCUUUCCAGCAUUGAAAACUGCAACAAUUAUUUGAAAUUGCUUGAGAAAAGUAAUGAUGCAAAGGCAUUGCAAUUAUUUGAAUGGAUGAAAAGUAAUGGGAAAUUGGACAGAAACCCAACUGCUUACAACUUAGCUCUAAGAGUACUAAGCAGGAAAGAAGACUGGAAAGCUUCAGAAGAAUUGCUUCGAGAGAUGCCCACUGUCUCAAAUUGCAGUCCAAGUUCUCAAAUGUUUAACACACUAAUAUAUGUGUGUUCUAAAAGGGAGCUUGUCGGAUGGGGAACAAAGUGGUUUCGAAUGAUGCUAUAUUGUGGGGUGAAACCAAAUCAAGCAACUAUUGGCAUGCUAAUGAGCCUCUAUCAGAAGGGUGGUAAUCUUGAGGAAGCUGAGUUCACCUUAGGCCAAAUGAGGACCCAUGGUCUACACUGUUGUGUUGCAUACUCAGCAAUGAUGACUAUAUACACACGCUUGGGAUUAUAUGAGAAAUCAGAAGAGAUCCUUAAAACUAUGAGAGAAGAUAGAGUACCCCCCAAUUUGGAAAACUGGCUUGUACAGCUAAAUGUUUAUAGCCAGCAAGGGAAAUUGGAGGAGGCUGAAUUGGUUUUGCUGUCUAUGAAGAGAUCUGGAAUUUCCCCAAACAUUAUUGCAUAUAAUACUUUAAUAACUGGGUAUGGGAAGAUGGGAAAAACAGAAGCUUCUAGACGUGUAUUCCGGGAUUUAUGUAACAAUGGUUUUGAACCUGAUGAAACCACUUAUAGGUCUAUGAUCGAGGGCUAUGGUAGAGCAGAUGAAUACAAAGAGGCAAUAUGGUACUAUCAAGAACUAAAGCAUAAAGGAUUUUGUCCAAACUCCUCAAAUUUCUUCACCGUAAUAAACUUACAAGGUAAGCACAUGGAUGAUGAGGGGACUGUUCAAACUCUCAAGGACAUGAGAGAAAUGGGGGGUCAGUAUUCCUCUAUCCUUGGCAGUCUUUUGCGAGCUUAUGAAAGGGUGGAGAGGGUGGACAAAGUUCCUCUUAUCUUGAAGGCUUCCUUCUAUGAAAGUCUGUUGAGUGACCCAACUUCUUGCUCUAUUUUAGCUUUGGCAUACGUUAAGCAUGGAUUAUUGGAUGAUGCUUUGGCGGUUUUGUGGGAGAAGAAGUGGUCUGACCCCAUUUUUGAGGACAACUUAUGCCAUUUAUUGAUAUGCACCUGCAAAGAGGAAAGGUGCUUCGAGAAUGCUGUUAAAAUUUUCACUCAAAUGCCCAAAACUUACACCAACCCGAACAUGCACAUCACAAGCACAAUGAUUGAUAUUUACAGUGGCAUGGGCCUUUUCAAAAAGGCCGAAGACCUCUACCAUAGUUUAAAAGCUUCGGGGAAAUCCUUGGAUUUGGUUGGGUAUAGCAUAGUUGUACGCAUGUAUAUGAAAUAUGGAUAUUUAACAGAUGCUUGCUUGGUGUUAGAAAUAAUGGAAAAACAAAAGAAUAUCUCUCCUGACAUUUAUCUUUACUUUGACAUGCUUCGGAUUUAUCAGCAAGGUGCCAUGCUAGACAAGUUGGCCGAUGUUUACUAUCGCAUGCUAAAGAGUGGAAUAGUUUGGGAUGAGCAAGUGUAUAACUGUGUCAUUAACUGUUGUGGCCAUGCCAUACCUGUCGAUGAACUAUCUCGACUAUUUAGAAAGAUGACUGCAGCAGGGUUUGCUGCUAAUACCAAUUCCUUCAACGUUUUGAUUGAUGUUUAUACAAAAGCUGGGCUUUUCAAGAGGGCUAGAAAGGUUUUAUGGAUGGCUCGAAGGAGGAAAAUGGUUGAUGCUAUUUCUUACAAUACCAUCAUAACAGCAUAUGGAAAAGAUAAGCAAUUUAGGAGGAUGAAAUCGGCUUCUAAGCAAAUGCAGUAUGCAGGUUUUCCUGUUUCUCUUGCAGCUUACAAUGCUAUGCUUGAUGCAUAUGGAAAAGGAGGAGAAAUUGAUAAAUUUAGGGAAGUUUUGGAGCAGAUGAAAGAAGCAAAUUGUGCCUUGGAUCAUUAUACAUACAAUAUCAUGAUCAAUAUUUACGGUAAAAAAGGUUGGAUCGAGGAUGUGGUUGCAGUUCUUGGUGAGCUAAAGAAACAUGAGUUGGAACCAGAUUUGUGGAGCUAUAAUGCUUUGAUAGAAGCUUAUGGGAUUGCAAGAAUGGUUGAGGAAGCUGUGUAUUUAGUAAAGGAAAUGAGAGAUAAUGGGAUUGAGCCUGAUCAAGUAACAUAUGUCAAUGUCAUUCGGGCUCUUAAAAAUAAUGGCCAUGUCCUAGAGGCGAUCAAAUGGUCGCUUUGGAUGAAGCAGUUGGGACUCUCUAGCAGAAAUAAUUGAUGUAAUUUAGUAAUUGAUGUAAUUCAACACUGGCAUGAAUAUUCUUCCCAGAAUUUGUAGUUUGGGAAUUACGAGUUUGCUUUCCUUUCA